UCCCGAAAAUCCGAGCGCACUGCUGCUGUAAUCCGGCUCUUUCUCGAAUCCCGCCCGCUGGCUCGUCCAGUCAGUCCACCUCAGGCCCGUACCGUGGUCCAAGCCACCAUGGAGGGGGAUGCCUCCGCUGCCGCAUCCGCAGCCGCUCACUACCAGCCGGCUAGCCCCCCGCGGGACGCCUGUGUCUACAACAGCUGCUACUGUGAAGAAAAUAUUUGGAAGCUCUGUGAAUACAUCAAAAACCACGACCAGUAUCCUUUAGAAGAAUGUUAUGCUGUCUUCAUAUCUAAUGAGAGGAAGAUGAUACCUAUCUGGAAACAGCAGGCAAGACCUGGAGAUGGACCUGUGAUCUGGGAUUACCAUGUUGUGUUGCUUCAUGUUUCAAGUGGAGGACAGAGCUUCAUUUAUGAUCUUGACACUGUACUACCAUUUCCCUGUCCUUUUGACGCAUAUGUGGAAGAUGCCUUUAAGUCUGAUGAGGACAUCCAUCCACAGUUUAGAAGGAAAUUUAGAGUCAUCCGCGCAGAUUCUUAUUUGAAGAACUUUGCUUCUGACCGAUCUCACAUGAAAGAUUCUAGUGGGAACUGGAGAGAGCCUCCUCCAUCGUAUCCCUGCAUUGAAACUGGAGAUUCCAAAAUGAACCUGAAUGAUUUUAUCAGUAUGGAUCCUGAGGUAGGGUGGGGAGCCGUUUACUCGCUGUCUGAAUUUGUCCAUCGUUUUGGCAGUCAGAACUGCUGAACUUGACAUCUGGAUGUAGAACCAUGGAGAAAUUCUGGGACAUGAACACUAAACUUUAUGGUACAUUUGGUUUGGAAUUGUAUUUUCCUCUUUUAGUUCAGUUCAUUUGAAACAUGAGUGAACAAAAAAUAAAACUUUUUUUUUUUGAUAUGUCAGGUUGAAACUUGAUGUAGUGUAUAUAUGCCAAGAUAGUCCUGCGACUAACAUUUGUUAAAAUAUGUGAUGGUGACUUAUGCCAAUAAUUGUUUUGUCGUGAUAGAUGUGUGGACUUGUUAUCUGUUCUGGAUGUAUUGUUUUUCUCCAGCUACACUGUACGCUCCUGGAGGGCAGGGUCGUGGCUCGUUGCACAGUGAAUCUCUAAUUCCCAUAAGAGGUGGCCAUACGAUUUUACUAGCGAUUGUAUUGCUUCUUGAAGAGGGCUGAUACUGUGAGCUGAAUCAGCAAUAAGUAUUAGUCUUUUUGGACUAUUAAGUUCUUGAAAAAG